AAUCAAAGCUAAAGGAAAUGCUGUAAUACAACGUCAAACAAAUGAAAUCAACUAAAAUAUUAUACACACAAAGAUGGAUUAAAACUUAUGUAUUGGUUGCUCUAAAAAAAGAAGUUUGAUAAAGUUGUGUAUAGAGUAUUGUAAGAAAAACGGCUGCGAAAUUACGUAAAGUUUUUUGUGAGUGGGGCGAAUUUAAUUGAGUCGAAGUUUUUUAUCCAUACAAGACUUAUCAGAAGUUCGUUGAGAUAAUAAAAUUAAUUAUUUGAGAAGUUUGAAAGUUUGUAAAAAGUUAUGAAGCUUUUCACGUAACAAGAAGAAUAAAAUGUCAAAAGGAAAUGGAAAAACAUCAAGAGACCUUUACGGUGUCUUAGCAUCUCUAGGCUACAAUGGUCAAAUUCCAAAGGAUAGCAUUGGUCGAUAUAGACCAGUUUAUGAAGUUAGAAAAAGAAAGGAGGCUAAUGGAAUUAAACCACACAAGGAAGUUGAUCUUACCUCAGAAGCUGCUAAAAAGGCAAUUUCUGAAAAUUAUACAGUGACCUACUACAGUGAAAAAGGUUUUGGAAGUGUUGUUGAAUAUAAAAAAGACCAGAAAACAGAUUUAUUUCAAAUAGGUCGCUCUACGGAGCUGUUAAUUGACUAUAUAGUUGUUGAUACGAUACCAGGACCAAAAGAUGAUAUAGAUCAACAUUUAACACAAAGUACAAUUUCAAGGUUUGCAUGCCGAAUAGCAGUUGAAAGGAGCACCCAUCAAGCAAAGAUAUUUGCGGCUGGUUUUGAUAAUAACAGAAGAAUAUUUUUAGGAGAGAGUGCUCCUCAGUGGGCCAAUGGCAAAAAAUACUCUGAUGGUUUAACAACAAAUGGUAUUUUGGUAAAUCAUCCUAAAGGUCAGUGGGGAUCAGAAAUGUCACCGGGGGUAUGGAGAGAAGUGUCUGUAUCUGGUGAAAUGUUUGGCUUGCGUUUUUCACGUUCAGCAAGACACAGAGGAAAAACUACUGAUUGCUCAAACUACCUUCGAGAUGGUUCUAUGAUUGAUCUUUGUGGAGUGGUUCUUAUAUGGAGGACACCAGAAGGGUUAGCAAAUGCACCGAAAGUCGAAGAUUUGGAAGCGAAAAGAGACUUGUUAAAUACUUUGAAGGCGCAAUGUCCGGUUGGUUUGGUGACUUUAAAGUUCAGUAAUUCAAAAAAUCCGAAUCAGAGCAGUCCCUACGUGUAUACAAAUUGUGGUCACGUGCAUGGCUACCAUGUUUGGGGCGCCAGACCAUCCAUAGCAUACACGAAAGAGAAAAAAUUUAACGAUAAAAGAAUGUGUCCGUUUUGUAAAGAAAGUGGACUAUUCGUCGCGCUCAAAUUUGGAAUGGAACCUGCUUUUUAUAUCGAUAAUGGACCAGCUACACAUUGUUUUGUACCUUGCGGUCACAUGACUACAGAAGCUACUGUCAAAUAUUGGGCGAGUGCGCUGUUACCUCAUGGCAAGGACCAAUUUCGAACAGCUUGUCCAUUUUGUGCGAUACCUUUGGAAGGGCAGGGAUAUAUAAAACUUGUGUUCCAAACUGAAGCAGAUGAACCAGCCGAAGAGAUUCUUAUUUAAAGUAAAAAAAUUAUUUAAUAAAAAUAUGAAUUAAACGUCGUGACAAAUAUCACAAUUGUAUUUCACCGAACGAAGAUGCGAAAUCCGCGUUGGGAGAAAGUAUGACUGAUUUUCGGUCACGUAAAUUAUUCCAACCCUGUUGGCAAUCUUAUUUCCAAGAGCUAGCAGUUUUAAUAUAGCGUUCACUGAGCAAUAACUUCUCAAGAACUACGUAAAUAAAAUAUUUUUUAACAAGAAGCUGUUGGUAAAGAAAGUUUUUCUUUCUAACUUUUUCCGCACAUUUUUGUUACCUCUACCCAGAAUGUUUGUCUAUAAAAACUUGGAGCUGCUGUAUUGUAUCAGAAUUGUCAAGAACCUGCUCUCACUUUUGCCACUGUUUUUUUUUUAACGUCCCGAUGUAAAAAUAAACGCCAGUCGAGGCGGGGGAGGGUUCGUACUUUAACCUGUUUAACCAAUUCACUGUAAAAAAAUUUUUUACAGUGAAUUGGAACUGAAGUUUUAGACGUGAAAAUUUGGGAAAUUAAUUCUUAAAUCAAAAUAGAAUAUUUUAUAUUCUUCGUAUUAGUAUUGAUCGUUGUAGUUGUUUUUGUUACAUGUUGUGUGUGCUCGUUAUGGUGUAUUUAUUCAGAUUUCUCAAGCUAAGAAUCUUGUCUACAUUUUACAUGUAUUGCCAUAUGCAAAGUAUUGAGUACGAAGUUGUUUUUAUGUAUUUGUUUUAUUUAUUAAUUUGUUUUUUGUACGUGACUUCGGACGCUUUUGAUAGCCCUUGAAAGAAUAGCGGCGCUAUUCAAGGACAGUACUCUAAUCUAUGGAUUGAACAGGAUUUUCUGCAUUUUUUCUGUAUUUUUUUCUGGAUGAAAUUUUUUCUACAUCUCGAGAGUAAUUUUGGACGGUUGUGUAAUUUUUGUCUGAAUUUAUUUGGCGACACAUGUUGAACAGUAUUGUAAAUACAAUUUUGUAUAUGUUUCCUUAUAUUAUUGUAUAAAUUUGCUAUGAA